CGAAGAAGAAAAUUAUUGUUAUCGAAAUGCAACGACAGCGGUGACAUCUGAAACCCGUGGAAGUUGAGUGGUAGGAGGCAAAAGUCCCACGAUUUAAUGUCUUAAGUAUGUAUUCAUGACACACGACCUUCUCAAAAUCGGAUAAUAUAGUAAACUCGCGGGGAAGCUAAGUCGAUUGACCUGAACUGACCGCAGAUAUUUGGUAUUUAGCUUGCUAGCUAGUCAGCUAGCUGCCGCCAUAGCCGCGAUCAUGAGUGAAGAUGACAAUUCAGCGUCGGCCAACAAAGACAAAGACUCGACCCUGUUGCUCACCAAAGACGGACAACGGUACUACGUGAGUAAGAGCGGAGUGGUCGACAGUAGAAAUGUGAUAACGCCGCUCGAACCGGACAACAACGUCUCCUCCUACGACAUGGACGACCCCGACGAGGAGAGCGACGUCCUGGACACGUCGGAUCCCCGAGACAGCGCCGCCAGCCCCGAGGAGCUCAACGACGAGGACACCUCGGAGGGCGACAACGCGCCCAAACAGUGCACCUACGAGGGCUGCACGGAGACCACCACGCAGGUGGCGAAGCAGCGGAAGCCCUGGAUGUGCAAAAAACACCGCAACAAGAUGUACAAAGACAAGUACAAGAAGAAGAAGAGCGACCAGGCCAUGUCCAGUGGGAAGAUUGACGAUAACUCCGAGGAGCGGCCUGUGUCAGUGAACAAACAGCGCCUGGGCGCCAUUGGGGACCGGCCAGCCAGGCCCUCGCUGAUAGAGCAGGUCCUCAACCAGAAAAGACUGUCGCUGCUCAGAAGUCCUGAGGUGAUCAGCUUCUUGCAGCAGCAGCAGCAGCUCCUCGCCACUCAGAGCCGCAGCCAAUCGCAGCAGCAGUUCCAGGGCUGUUGACGCCAGUCUGCCGGUGUUUUGCGCCGGAUUUGAGAGCACAGAAGAAACACUGGCGCAUUACGCGCUAAGUGGUUGGUAACCGUGUACUGUAAACAUGACUUUCUCCGGCCAGACAACCGCGCAGGAGAAAGAACGAAGUGCUGUUCAAGAGAGACGUUUUUAAAGGCACUUAAAAACUAUUGGUGCUAUUUCUUUAAACUGUUACUUUUUAUGAAUGAACUUUUUAAUUCCCAGUGUUUGUGUUAAUCCCCCAUCGCCAUGUGACAAGAAAAAUGAGGGCGUUGGAUUGCGAUUUUAUCCAGAUGUGAAAGUCUCACUUUAAGCGAAUAGCCAUGUGAGCUCAGAUUAUCUUUUUCCAUUGCUGAAAAAAGAAAAACAUGAUAGUUUGUGUUUUUGAGUGCUGCCUAUAUGAUGCUUUUAUUUACGUUUUUCUCGUAGUGCUUCUUCACUUUGUAGCCUGAUGAUGUUUCUUGAAUAUGAAUGUGUUUAUGACAUGUGACAAUCAACUGUGUAAAUGUAUGUUUGGAGUCAUGUUGAUGACACAUGGGGCUUUCAUGAGAACGUGUUUUUAUCCACAGUAACUGCAUACAAAAAGAAACUAAUCUGUUCGUUGGGAUUAACAUUGAUCAUGCUAGCUAUGUUGCACUGUACGCUACUGUUUGUGAAAUAUGAGAGUAAAUUAUUAAGUUAA